AACGGUUCCGCCUCCUCUCUACCUGUCUAAACUGGGCGUGUUUUACUCCCGAAGGAGAUUCAUUCUUGGGUCAGACCAUUUUCCCAAGAUAUUUCUAGGAAUAACGAGGCGACAGAAAACUUUGAAGAAAGGUAAGGACUGUUUUCAUAAUGUUUAACUUACAAGUACCCACAACGGGUUGUAAGUGGGCUAACCGUUAGUUUUAUGGGGCCUGUUAGCAGAUUGAUUUGAAUGAAGGAGCCUAGAGAGCUGUCUGUGAUUUCUCUGGGUUAUAAUCAGAGUCAUUGGAGAUCUGUAUCUAUAUUUCCGUAGUAGUAGGACAGCGUAUGAUUAUUUAUUUACCGUUAUUGUUUAUCUAUAAGUUUGGGCUUACUAUGUCCAGAAUUAUAUGAAUACUGUUGUUGUUAAAAGGUAAAAGGAAAGGCCUGAAACUUGACAUUUGGUGCCACAAUGUUCAGUUUUAUCCUUAUUUCAGUGACAAAAAAAUGAUUGAACAUCAAGGUGAAAUGCUGGGUGCUUUUAAGUUAUAGACUCUUGUGUCUGUAGGUACAGACUGUGUUGUAUUAUGAAUAGAGGGUGGAUGUGUUCUCCCAGUGCUGCAGUUUUGAAAAUUAAACUUUAAAAUGCCUUUCUGUUGUGUAAACUACAAUAAUUUGAUGAAAUAUGAAUGAAAUAUCUUAAAUUCAGCUCAGAGUGCAGUGACAACUUCAGAAGAGUUUGAAACAGGGUGUAUUUUCAACAAAAAAAGUUUUUGAUUAUGCAAUUUUGAUGAGCCCCUUGUUGUUAACACAGUUUUAGGUCUUUUCCAACUUAUAAAAGUGAUACUGUUGGAGUAAAUUCAUCACUCUACAACACAUCCCAACAAGCCUCUCCUCAGCUGAAAUGCAAGCUCAAACUCAGACUUUUAACUGUACCCUACGGCUGCACGGGGCAGCACAAAGAAAGCAGAGUGUGCUCAUUAAACCCGGCCUCCUGGCUAUACAGAUUUACUCAGCAUACACUUCCACUGAGCUACCUAGGACGGAUGACACAGGUAUUUCUUUAGAUAACCCCAGUCUAGACUAGUGUCUGUGUACUAGUUUGCCUCUCUUUUGUUUACCACAUUUCAGAUGUGAAUAAUAGGAAGACUGUAGCUGUGUGUGUGUGGAGACUGUUGUUUAGUAUGGUCUCUCCUGCACCAGAUUCGUGUCCCUGCUCGUCACACAUUCCACAGCUGUACCCUCCCAGCACCUCCUCCGCUCUUCUCCCUUCUCCUACCUGCUGGAUUUCUUUCAUCCAGAAAGUCUAUUUCAUAAUUUAAAUCAAACAAUCCUCCACCAUAUCCCCACCUUCCUGUGCAGAGCCUCUGCGUUAUGCCCGCUGUGUGUGUUGUGUGUUAUGAAGUAUUUCCUUAUCCUUCCUGCUGGCCCCAACUCAGUACAGCUGCCAGCCUGUGUGUUCACUGAUAUCUUAUUUAUAAAUGUUUCGGCUUACAGGAGAACUUUGGGGGCUGCAGUAUCAUUGCGGAGAUACUGCAGAAGAAGCGUGGUGAAAAUCUGUUUUGUUGGAGGAUAAGAAACCCAGAGAUUACAUUAGGAUGUUCCCACAGGAUGUUGAGAAACACUUAAUCCUCUGACUCAUGUUUUCGUCCCAGGUGUUUCCUAAUCUUCCAAACAAAAGAAAGCAAGGAAAGAAUUAGCAUAUUUUGGUGGAUUUCCCCCACCAUGUUAUUAAUUAGGGAUGGUUUGUAGGGGUGAGUUUAUCCCCUCCAGUGAUCCCGGUGAAGCGCUUCAGUAGGUACGCUAUCUUAACCCAAGAGUGUGUUAAUCCAUGUACCUUUUUUACUCUUGUCUUUCUACACCAGGGCCAUGAUCACAGCCGCAGAGUUAGGAGAAACAUCAUGGGAGCUGUCCGUGCAGGUCGAUCAAAAAACUGGAGAUGAGUCCAUGAAAUUUAAGCUGCGAGUGAAGGGAGACUUGCAUAUUGGAGGCCUCAUGCUGAAGCUGGCGGAGAAGAUCAGUAAGUGUCAUCAAACUGUAAGAAACCAACAGUAUGUUGCAUCUCAUUUAUGUAUAAUCCAGGGACACUGCAUGAAACACUAAAAUACAAAGUUCAAAUGCCUCCAUUCAGUUGGAUUGCUCAAAUUGUUUUAUUCCAAGUAGCUGUGUUUGUUUAUCUGGUCAUAGUAUGUCUAUUUAUUCCACGUUUGAAGCUCAGUUACUCAGCCUCUCCCUGCUGUUGUAUGUGAUCUACAGAGAGGCCACACCCUUGUUUGCCCUGCAUUUUUCUGCGCUGCAAUGCCAUUGUUACACCACAAUGCAUUGGCUUUUGUAGCCCCAGGGGCCAAAGUUCAGCCCGGAUCUGAAUUACUAUCUCUUUAUAGAUCCCUGUAAACACAGAGGAGCUAAUAUGAUAAGAGGAGUAACUUUAGGUGGUUUAAAGAGCAUGAGACACAAUAGAUGACUAAGUAGCUUGUCAUCAACAGACGGAUUUCGGCCCGACAUCAUGAUAUGAUGUCAGGUAGACUCAUAAAACCACACUUUAAUCAUGCGCAGCCACCUACACCAAAGUCUGUGUGUGUGUGAUGGUUGUUCUAGCUUCAAAGCCAGAGUCCUGCUCCAUUGACCCUUUAAACAUGACUGUAAUAACAAGCCUUAAAACUGGCAUUAUGAAAGUAACAUGAUUUUAAAGUUUGAUCUGUCUUGUCUGCAGAGGCUCCUCAGGAUUGGUCAGAUCAUGCCUUGUGGUGGGAGCAGAGGAAAUGCUGGCUUCUUAAAACCCACUGGACCUUGGACAAGUAUGGGAUUCAGGUAAUAAGAAGAUGAUGAGCCAGUGAUUCUUAGGAUUUUAAUUCUGCUGACCUUUUGUAAGUUGUAAUAAAGCAGUUGUAAUUUCAAGAGAAGAUUUUUUUUAAUCUAUUUUAUGUAGUUCUCAAAAGCAACAGCAUUUGAGUUUAAUGGGAUUGCAGCUUCAUAAGCCAGAGAGAGAGCGAGAGAGAGACAUAUUUGGUUGUAUUUUUAUAUCCUAACCUGCACCAUUUAAUAGGUUCAUCAUCUAGACAUUCCUUUUUACGGCAUUCAUUCUUUAAGCUUCAAAAAACUAAUAACACUUUGUGAAAGUUAAGCUUUUAACAAGGCGAAACACUCUUUCAAGAAACAUGAAAGACUGUGUUAAGAUUUGUACAAUGCACAGUUAUGUGUCUAAGUCUGCCCACAGUACUGGGCUUGCCCUUAUUUUUUGGUGUAGAUUACCUACACUGCAAGUAAGAACAUGACUUUAAACUAUAUACCCACAGAUCUUAAACAAAUAUAAUAUUGUAUCCUCAAAUAAAAAAGUGACGGGGAAGUUCCCUAAAUAUAUAAAAAUCUCCAAAAUCAUCUAAAGAAAGCAGGAAUUGUUCAUGUUAUUUAAUAAAUGUAAUCCCACACAGGCUGAUGCUGACCUGCGAUACACACCCCAGCACAAACCCUUGUUACUGCAGCUUCCCAAUAUGAAGACUGUUAAAAUGACCGUCAGCUUCUCCAGCGUGGUCUUCAAGGCGGUAGCAGAGAUCUGUCGAGUACUCAGUGAGUUUCUCUGUCCUUUCUGAGUGUAUCAUCCAGUCGCCGUUGCUGCUUCUAAGACAAAAAUCCUUGACUGACUCCCCUUUCUCCCAUGAUACCCCUGAUCCCUCACGCCCCCUACAUUUGACUCCACCUCAGAUAUCAGAAGAUCAGAGGAGCUGUCCCUGCUGAAGCCUCCAGACGAUCCCUCCAAGAAAAAGAAGAAGAAAGACAAGAACUCAGCACACGAUGAUAUCUGGGACAUUGAUUUACUCGGCGGGGGACCAGCAGGCACAGGUACUGCUGAACACAGAGCUGUUCCCAACGAUGCUAAAAAGUUCACAGACAAAAACAGCAACUUGAACUACUUACAUAAAAAGUAUCCCUGCAGUAUCACAGUGAAGAUUGUGGCUAUUACUCUCAUAAUAAAAAGAUUCAGAUGCAUCAACAAGAGAGAAAUGACAAUGCUUCUAGUUUUAUUAAACAUGUCUCAGCCUUCAUAUUGUGUCAUACCUUAUGGAUUUGGUGUGAUUUUGGUCUUGUUGUGGUUUAUAUUUUAUAUUACUAUUGCCUUGUGUUUGAAGGCGCUGCCAAGAUGUUUCAGUUUUCGUAUUAUUCACAGGCUAAUUUAAUCUGCAGUACCCAGCAGUUUAGAAGAAAACAUACAAAAGCACAUCGGUUAGACCAAAGCAGUGACAAGAGCGCAACAUAGGCACAAAAAUAAAUUUAGUUUGUCACAGACAGCUCAAAACUUUCAGGAUAAUUUGCUCCCACAAAAAGAUUUCAAUAUACUGUUGAGUCAUUUGAUAUAUUUAGGGAUUAGAAAUGUUUUCUAUGAAUAAAACUUUUUAUAUCUCGUGAAAGUGACAUGUGGAAAGUAGUUGUUUCAAACUCGAUUAAAGAAAUUAAGUAAAUAAACUUUCCUUUUACUUAUUUUUAGCAUCUUUCUGUGGCUUUGCUCGCUUUUAUGGAGAGCAUAGGACAGUGGAAAGAGCAGCAACUAAUUUAAAGUGAAAUACUAAGUCAAAUUUGUGGCAGAUCAUCAGCUUUUUUUAUUUUUGUUUUAACAUGUGACUCCCAGGUGCUGACCUAGCUUAAUAUAGACACUGCAGCCCUCACUUCAGAAGCCCCACGUUUAGACUCUGAGCCUUGGUUCUUUGCUGCACAUCAUCCUCACUCCUUUCACCCACUUUUUUCCAUGUCUCUUCAACUAUUGUAUCACCUUAUGGUAAAACAGACAUAAAACAAACAAAAAUAGUAAUAUAUAACACUUAUUGUAUUGAAAAUCAGCUAGUUAUAAAACAAAGUCAGAGAAAGACACACUAUGUCACUAAUCCAACUUGCCUAGAUCAUUUUCCAUCUAUUGAGGAGACAGAGUUUUAUUCCAGUGAGUUGUAACUAUUGGAGUUAGGAGGAGAAAUGAGAAAUAUAUGAGGUGCUGCAGAGGGGUUGCAAUGUUCAUCAGCGAGAUCUGAAAGAAUUGUUCUGUAAGCUGCCGGGUUCUUGAGGGAUUCCCCAGCAAACUCUCUCUUCUUACACUGAAUAUGCAGCAAGGGAUACACACCACCCAUAAAAAAAAUGCUUUUUCUAACAAAGAUAUCCUUUGCAACUCUCUUAAAUUCAUCACAUCAAUGAAGGAAAAUUCAUAUGGGUCAACCCAAUAUUAAUAAUUUAUUUCUCUUUAAACCAGGCCCAAUGUACAGUAAGACCAUGACAGCUACCUACGACCCGGAAAACGGGAUGCCGGUGUCUGCCACAAGUCUUUGGUUUGGAGACAACCCACUCGCUGAAUCUCAGCCAAACUUACCGCCAGCUGAGCUAGCCAAAAUGUUCCAGCCGCUCUCGCUAGUGGACAAAGCAGUCAACCAUGCAGGGUAUAUAACAACACAACGACUCUGAAAUCUGAUAUUUGAAUAACAGUCAUGAAAUUCGGACGAUAUAUCCAACCAGUGCUCAUCUUAUUCCUUUUUGCUUUGUCUCCACAGGUGGUUGGACUCGUCUCGUUCUCUCAUGGAGCAAGACAUUCAAGAUGAAGACAAGCUGUUGCUUCGCUUCAAGUACAAUGUCUUCUUUGACCUCAACCCCAAAGUAAGACUCCCGCAAAAGCCAUUGUGGCUGACUUGUCUUGAAGUUUGGGAAUAAAUUAAAAUUUUGUGUGUCUGUUCACGUCUUUUUCCCUCAGUAUGAUGCUGUACGAAUAACGCAGCUGUAUGAACAAGCACGCUGGUCCGUCUUGCUGGAGGAGAUAGACUGCACUGAGGAGGAAAUGCUGAUGUUUGCAUCAUUACAGGUAAAUCAUGUAACAUCAUAGUGAUAAAAUGUCAAUGUGUACAUAAAAACAGAGUCAACUGAUGCAUCACUCAGUAUCAGAAAUAAACUUAUUUACUCUUUUCACAUUUUUUUUUUCACAGUUCAAAAACCAUUUAUUAUUACUAGGUUUGUGAACUAUUUUAAAUAUUAGUAUAAUACUAAUAUAAUAAGUAAAAUUGAAUCUGUUGUCUCAGGAUGAGUGCUAAAAUCUGGAUUUUUAUCAUUAAAGAUACACAAAUAAACACCUAGUAAUUUUAUAUUCAGAGCUUUUCAAUGCUGACCUCUUUUACCCUGCUAUAACAUCAGACCUGGUCUAUGGUACCAAAGGUUAAUUACCUAUAUCCUUAUUACAGCACUCAUAAACCACAGUGCUCAAAAGGACACUAUAAUAUGCCCUGAAUUAGUCUUAAAUACAGUUUAGGUGUAUAGUCGCUGAGCAUUAUCUACUAAGGAGGAUUGUGUCUGAGGCCGUGCAGGUACAUGUCAGGACAUGAGGAAAAUCCCACUAAGAAGGGGAGAGGGUUAAUAAAGUAAGAGGCAUGGGAAAAGUAAUAUGAGAAUUAAAGGUCCCUUAUUAGAAAAAAAAGGAACUAAUAAUGAACUCUAUCACCGGAGAUAAGUUUGUUAAGAUGUUCUCAUCUGCGUCUGAAUUUCAGCCCUUCUCUGAUACGUGUGACUGUUAUUGAGCAACUAUUCGGACUGUGAUUCAGAAGUCACAGUGAUUCAAAUGGAUAUCACCUACACACUGGUGCGAUGGCUGGCAACACAAGGCCGUGCUCAAAGCUCCCUCUGACUCACGCCAGCCUUGCAUAACCUCUUAAGUCAUGUCGGAGAACUUCGUAAUGAGUCCUACUUAAGAAGUAAAUAUUUAAUCUUUGCUGCCGGGGAAGCAGGUGAAGCGUUGUCCAUUUAUGGAGUCAAAGUGUUCUGUUUUUUGGUUUCAGUACCACAUUUGUAAACUGACCAUAUCAAGUGAACCACUGGACCACUCCAACGAACCAGAAAUAGAUGAAGUCGAAGCCGCCCUGUCCAACCUGGAGGUGACUCUUGAAGGGGGACUCACAGACCGAAUUGUGGUAAACAUAUUUUUUUAGACACUUGAGCGAAUAUCGACUGUAAUUUUCAGGUUUCCAAGUUACAGUGCGAGGAGAACACCUGUUUUAAGAGCAGGAGUGAUGGGUAGGCCUCUUAUGAUUGCAUGUCUUAACACGGUGAUGUCAGGAGAAGACACAGGAUAAUUGACAGUUGUUUGUCCCGCCCCCAGGAAGACAUUACAGACAUUCCAGAGCUGGCAGACUCCCUCCGCCUGUUCAGGUAAUCCCACCUUUAUUAUGAAUCCAUUUUUCACACCUUGUAUACCUGUCACUGAAAUUCAUGAUUGGCCUGUCCUUUCAACCUUUAACUCUCUGGAGUCCUAAAUCAGCCAUAUUCAGAGGCUAAAUUUGGAGCAGGGUAGAGAGAGAUGAAGCAGUGUCUAUAAAAAUCGAUUGCAUCUAUUUAUGUCUCUGAUGAUGGCUUUAAAUCAUCUCAGGGUUGUUAAUCAAACUGUUCAUUUAUAAGAAUUGAUUUAAGGAAACAACCCUCUAUCGAGCUGCUCUCUGGUCUGAAUAAGUACCCAUGAAUAUGUGCACCUUUCUAAAACACUCAGGAUGUUUGCUUUACUCAUAAAAGGUUAUAAACUAUCACAGGCAAAAGAGAGAUUUAUUUUCUAUUUUUCUGUCUGCAAUAAGGCCCAAAAGACUGACGCUGCGGCCCUACAAGGAGUACUGGUUUGUAUUCAAGGACACAACCAUCUCUUACUACAAAAACAAAGAAACUUCCAAUGGAGAGCCCAUAGAGCAGUUUCAUCUCCGAGGUCAGUACCAAACAAUAAGAUGAAAAGACCUCUGUAAUGUUUAAGAUGAAUUACCCUUUUUGUACACAUACCCAUGAUGAAUGAAAAUGCCUUUGAGCACCCCCCUAAGCAUAACAAAUUAUGUAUAUAGACUACAAAACGUGGAGUAUUUAAUAAUACAUGUUUCUUAAGAAGAGCAAUAUAUGGAUAAAACAAACUUUUUCUCUUGCUACAGAAAAAUGUUUAAAUAUUUACACUCAAAGGCCACAUUAAAAUUCAGUUUUCCCACUGCAAAGCUGCAUCUGUAGUCCGUGCAAAUAUCAGACGAUUUUCCACAUUUGGCUCUGUUUCAUCAGUAUUCGAAAUCACGACCAUCUCUUUGUUUGGCAGGUUGUGAGGUGGUCCCUGAUGUCAAUGUAACAGAUAAAAAGUUCGGCAUCAAGCUCCUGCUGCCUGUUGCAGAUGGGAUGAACGAGGUGUACAUCCGAUGUGACAAUGUAAGGCUCAGCUCUCUGUCUGCAUGCAUUAAAAUCAUUUCCGUGUAAUUAACAUGCAAUUCCUCCUCCGGUUUCCCGUUGGACUGCUAUUGUAACCGACGUGUAAUCGCCCCGUCUUACAGGAGACACAGUAUGCGAAAUGGAAGGCUGCGUGUAUACUGGCCUCCAAAGGCAAGACAAUGGCCUACAGCUCGUACAAGUCCGAGGUGAAGAACAUCCAGUCCUUCUUGCAGAUGAAGAGCCUGGCUCCCCCUCCUGGUCAGGCGGCUCCUGACGUCGAUGCCAUGGAGAUGAACGCUGAAUGUUUUGUUUCUCCGCGCUACGCCAAGAAGCACAAGACCAAGCAGGUUGGUUCAAAGGCUACAGACGAUGACUUUGCCCACAGCUGUCAAUGUGACAUCACUGGUGUUACUUAAUACGAUUGCUUCAUCUGCCUGGUGUGGUGAUUAUUUCCAGCUAACUGCACGUAUCCUGGAGGCUCAUCAGAACAUUGCACGACUGUCACUGAUGGAUGCCAAGAUGCGAUUUAUACAGGCCUGGCAGUCACUUCCAGAGUUUGGUAUCAACUACUACAUUGUCAGGUACGGCGCAUAAACUUUAACAUAUCUACACACAGAUUUAAAACUGGAGACAUCUUUAAAAAUCACUUUUGUGGAUACUCUUUACUGUGCUCAAGGUUCAAAGGCUGUAAGAAAGAUGAGAUUCUGGGGAUCUCGUACAACCGUCUGAUCCGUAUCGACAUGUCCACUGGUCUUCCUGUCACCACAUGGAGGUUUGCUAACAUGAAGCAGUGGAACGUAAACUGGGAGAUUAGACAGGUGAGGAGUUUUUUGAGGAGAUAUAACCUUCAAACACAGUGUCGCUUGACUGACAUGAAUCUUGCAUGCAAUUCCAGGUGACCAUAGAGUUUGACCAAAACGUGUCAAUAGCCUUCUGCUGCGUAAGCUGUGACUGCAAGGUGGUGCACGAGUUCAUCGGCGGUUACAUCUUCCUCUCCACAAGAUCGAAAGACCAGAACGAAACUCUAGACGAAGACUUGUUUCAUAAACUUACUGGAGGCCAAGAAUGAGCAAAGUCCUGGGCCUUUCCUACCUAUGGUACAUCUUCAGUUUUUAUGUUACAAUGUGAAAGUGCAGAUGUCAUCUUCUGCAGCAGUGGUCGCCCUAAAUACUGAGAAUAUUACAGCAAUGGCAAAUGUAAAGACAUCACAGUCAGAGAAAUUCCACAUUUUCGCAUCUCCUGCCAUUAACGGUUAUAGAAAUGUACUCUGCACUAGGAAAAUAAUGGUGAUGUUGUAAAUAUGUAGUCAAGAUUUCUCUGAAAACUUGGAUGAAUGGAUAUUUGUAAAAGUUUUUAAGGUUCAGCAGAAGAAAAGCAAUAGCAAAGAACAUAAAAGGUGUUUGUUUUUUUUGUAUUUUACAAAUUGUUUUUUUAAUUUGCUGAAUAAAAAAACAGAACUUUAAUGGGUUUUGUUUUCCUUAAUUGUUUUUUUCUCA